AUGGCGAGCCCAAUCCUCCGUGUACAGAGCCGUAGGCUGGCGUCCCAGGUCAGGAGCUUCAGCUCCACUCCCCGCCAAAAUGCUGCCACCGUGAAGAGCCUUGGUGUUAUCGGCUCUGGACAGAUGGGUCUCGGUAUUGCGUUGGUGGCUGCGAACAAGGCUGGCGUUCCCGUGAAGCUGGUUGAUACGUCUAAGGCCGCUCUGGAUAAGGGAUUGGCCUUCGCAGAGAAACUUCUUGCAAAGGAUGUGGCCAAGUCUAGGAUCACCCAGGAACAGGCUGAUAAGGCUCGCUCCCUCCUGACUCCUCAUACCGCUCUUGAGGACCUCUCCACCGUCGACUUCGUCAUUGAGGCCGUCCCGGAGAUUCCCCAACUCAAGUUUGACAUCUUCUCCAAGCUUGCGCAAAUCUGCCCCAAGCAUGCCAUUCUGGCCACCAACACCUCUUCCAUCUCCAUCACCAGCAUUGCUGCCGCCACCACCAAGGAUCCCAAGGACACCCAGGCUAGCUCCCGUGUCGUCUCCACCCACUUCAUGAACCCCGUCCCCGUGCAGAAGGGUGUUGAGAUCAUCAGCGGACUUCAGACCUCUGCCGAGACCCUCGAGACUGCCAUCGAGUUCUGCAAGGCUAUGGGCAAGAUCGCCUCGGUCUCUGCCGACUCUCCCGGCUUCCUUGCUAACCGUAUCCUGAUGCCUUACAUUAACGAGGCUGUCAUCUGCCUCGAGACCGGUGUCGGUGACCGCGACUCGAUUGAUGCCAUCAUGAAGAACGGCACCAACGUCCCCAUGGGCCCUCUCCAGCUUGCUGACUUCAUUGGUCUCGACACUUGCCUCGCCAUCAUGAAGGUGCUCCAUGAGGAGACAGGCGACUCCAAGUACAGGCCUAGCGUGCUGUUGAGGAAGAUGGUGGAUGCUGGCUGGCUUGGCAAGAAGAGCGGAAAGGGUUUCUAUGAGUAUUAA